UCGAUCAGAACCUCAGACGGUCUCAUCGUUUGUUGGGGAGCUCGCUGAUAAGGAAUCUCUCUUUCUUUGAUGCGAUGUUUUCGUUUUUAUGGUUUCUGUACCUGUCGUUGACUAGUGUGUUUGUUGCAUUCAUCACUUAUGUUAUCUUCUUUCGCAAGGGAACCAUCAAUGAUAAAACGUCCGCGCAGGAAAAAAUAAAGUUUAUCAAAAAGCAUGUUCCUCCCAGAGCCUCAAAAGGCUGGCAGCUGAAGUCUGUUGACAGUGGUUUGAGAAUCUGGCAAAAGGACUUGGGAGGAAGUACACCUUCCUGGCUGUCAAGAAUAAUUUAUGCAUGUUCUGGAAUCAUUCCUGCAUCCAAGCAGGAGGUGAUGAAUGUCUUGAAACAGCCAUGUCUUAUGAUGGAAUGGGAUCCUUCAGUGAAGACUGUGUCAAAAGUUACCAUAGGAACUAAUCAGGAUGUUGUGUCAGUUUCUUUUAACUGCAACAGUUUUAUGGCAAGAGCUGUGGUUCAGUUGAGGGAAAUAUUUGGUGGAGAGACAAGAGCAGUUUAUUCAAGAUACUGGGAUACAGACUUGAAAACAAAGUCUGAAGCAUGGUUUGUGAGCUCAUUCAUUGAACAAGUCAUUCCAGCAGAAGGGUCUUUGUUGUCUUUCUUCUUAGUGUCAUCUAUGGACAAUGGAGAUGAUGAGCCAAGUGAGAGUCUGGUCACAUUAAUUGUGGCCCCUGUAUCAGAACGAUUUGCGUCAAUACCACAAAUGACUGUAUCCCGGGUGGCAGGACUUCAGGAUUUCUUCACUCACUACAAACCUGAUCAGUCUCCCACUAAGUCUGUUGGAUCAGAAGCUGGCUCCGCAAGCUUGUCUGGGAGUGACAAUCAUGUGACACGCCUAGAAUCUAUUAACCCAUCAAGUAGUAGUGAUUUACUUGGUGAAGCAACAGACCUGACAGAUGAUAACAAAAUGAGAGAAAGGGUAUGUGACUGUAUGUACCAGGUAACAUGUCAAAUUUUGCCUUCAAAACCACAGCUAGCCUCCUUUGCAGACAUUCUUUAUGCGUCGAAUUAAAAAUUUUCCCCCGAUGAGAGAAUUUUUAAUUCGCCACACAAAGAAUGUCUGCAAAGGAGGCUAAACCACAGCCAGUCUGGGAUGUUUACAUGAUACCAGCUUUGGCAACUUUUGCAAUGAUGCAAGAUACAAUCAUUAUGUAACCCCGCUACUCCCUUGAGCCUGUCAUGUAUAUCAGUGCAAGUUAACCACUGACAGCUGCUUUCAGUACCAGUGCAGUAGUCUGGUCAUUUCCUCAUGAAAUCUUACAAAGUGAGAUUCAUGAAACCAAAGAACAAUCACCUUUCAUGUUAUCAUUAAUUUUUGGCCUACUGGUGGACUUGAGGGGACAGGGGCAUGCCUAAUGUCUGUCUUGA